GAUAUCCAAACGUUAUUUGAUAAUGAUAUAAAAAAUAAAAAUGAAAAAAAAUUUUGGGAAUUAAUAAAAAAACUGCAAGAACAUAAGUACAAAAAAUCGAAUUAUUUCCAAUCAGAAGAUUUAAUGUUAUCAUUGUUCAUAAUAAAAGUUGAGGAAGAAAGAAUAAACACUGAUGUUAAAUUAUUAAUGGAUACCUUGCGUCACGAUAUCUAUUUUAUAGAUUUGAAAGAUUUUUGCGUGCAUGUUACCAACAUUACUCAGGAGAUUAUUAAUAAGAAUUACAACAUGGAGAAAAUUGUGGAUGAGUACAAUAAAUUAUUGCUGGGAGUCGAUGUGCAGAUGAUGAAAGAAGAGUGGAACAAUUUUUGCGGAAGAACAAUGGCGAUGCGUUUUGGAAUUUACGAUUACUAUAAGACGGUAAUGCAAAGCUAUUUGAGGAUUUUUGAGGUUUAUUAUUAUUCAUUGGUGAUUUAUGGACACUGUACAGGAGGUGAUCCACGUCAAGUACUAAUCGCUUCAAAGUCAAAAUUUCUGGAUAACUUCAAGAAAACACUAACUUCAACAAAGAAUACUAUCCAUGAAACAAAUCACUUCAUGUACCUGUGCUCCCAACCCUUCAACGGAAAACUUUUUGGCAAUACUGUACAGCUUCAAAAUUUUCAAAAAAUGCCAAUCGGUGAGAGGAACUUCAAACCUAAGGGGCGCUCGGUGAUCGCUGUGAGCUUAGGAGAGCAGAUGUCUGAUACAACUAACAAUUGGAUUGUAGCGGGAGUGAGGUUCAUUGAGGAUAGCCAUAUGGUGUAUGUACAGAUCUUGGAAGGGUUAGUGAGCGUAUCCGGAGAGAUAAAUAUGACAAGAUGGCGGAAAGUUGAAGAAAAUGGUGACUUUGUAACAUUAGAAGAGGGUAGAGAAAAUGGACAUGCGAAAAAGAUUAAUUUGGGUGAUGUGGUGGCGCCACUAGAAUAUGUAGUCACUGGAGUGAGAUUUAGGUGCACCUUCAAGCCUCUUGCCCAUCCAACGCACCAAAACGAGAUAAUUCAACUAGAGAUUCACGCAACAAAAUUUGAUUUUCUUCGAGGUAAACUCGAGGUUAAUAAUUCAGGGUGGAUUUCCGCGAGUUUAAACUCAAGAGAGGAAAUUGCACCGAAGGACUUCACUUUGGAAAAGGUGAUAGAGUUCCAAACGUCCGCGCGCAGCAUAGACGCCGGGCAGUCAACGGUCCCUUUCUUCGACGACCGAGACUUGGUAUUUUCCCCUCCAGCACCUUUGCAGGGUCUUGGACUCUUUCACUAUGAAGAAAAGAAUAAGGACUUCGGUGGAUAUUUUGCCUUUCGUGCUUUCGAAUUCGACAUGUCCACCAUUUUCUUCGGGCUGUAG